GCCUCCCUCCACCCCCCUCACCCCUCCAGCUCCAGCUCCAGCCCUAGCCCCAGCCCCAGCCCCAGCCCCGCCAACAUGGCUGCAACGCCGCGUCUGCCCUUCUGUUUCUUCGUUCUACUGAUCUCCUCUGGGCCGCGGCUGGGUCAAACGAACCGCAGUGGAGAUCGGCGCUUCGCGGAGCUGAAACAAUGCUCGGACGAGGAAUGCAGCAUGCUGAUGUACCGGGGUAGAGCUCUGCAGGAUUUCACAGGUCCAGACUGUCGCUUUGUAAAUUUCAAAAAAGGGGAAGCUGUGUAUGUCUAUUACAAGUUAGUAGGAAGAUCACCUGAACUUUGGGCUGGAAGUGUUGGCAGUGUUUUUGGGUACUUUCCAAAGGACUUAAUUGAAGUAAAUCAUCAAUAUUCUGAACAAGAACUAGAACUACCAACAGAUGAAACAGAUUUUGUUUGUUUUGAUGGAGGAGUGGAUGAUUUUGACAACUAUGAUAUUGAAGAUCUUUUAGGAUUUUGGGGAGAAACUGUGAGAGACAAAGGGGAAGAUGAAUUGAACACUUCCGGGACUGAAAACUCUGAGAAACUUACAGAAGAAACAGAAGAGGAGAAUCCUAAGGAAGUCGAUGUUGAAGAAUCUCUUGAGAUAUCCAAGGAUGACAAUGAUGAGGCUGAAACAUCAGUGGAUAGCAAAAUUCUUACAAAUUCAGAAGAAAAUAGUUUACUUUCUGAAAACACUAAGAAUUUAGAGGGAGAAUUUGAAACACAUAGGACCCCCAUCCAUGUAAAUAGUCAUGCAGAUAAUCCUCAGGGAAAUCAACCCUCCCUUGAGCCUUUAGAAGAAAUGCUACAAGAUAAAUUAAAAGUGCCAGAAAAUGAAAAUUCAAGGAACAUUAAUAUUUCUCAGCUUUCUAAGGACUGGGAGGAGAUUGAUGCUUAUAAACUUUUGAAAAAGGAAAUUAAUUUGGAUUUGAAAACAAAAUUUGGCUCAACUGCAGAUGCACUUGUAUCGGAUGAUGAAACAACUAGGCUUGUUACUUCAUUAGAAGAGGAGUUUGAUGAGGAAUUGGACACUGAUAAUUCCAAAGUUGAGGAAGAGGAUAAAGGUAGUUUUGAUGAACCACCAUUACUAACUUUUACAAAUGGAGAAGAUAGGAAAACAGAAGAGAAAUAUUCAACAGGUGAAAAUUUGUAUACUGAAGAAGAUACUGAUGAAAUAGCUCAGCCCAGCAUUGGUGAAAAAAAUGACAAAAAUAUACUGAAAACCUUAGGAGAUACUAUUUUCUCUAUUGUUGGUGGAGGCGAAGCAGAAAACGAUGCCACAGAUUUGGAUGAUUUUGAUUUAGACGAAGAAAAGAUAGAGGAUAAGGAAAAAGUCCUGAUUGGUAAAUGGGAAGAAGAUAUCCCUGUAACAAGUCAUGACAGAAGCCUAGAAGAUACCCUUGAAAUUGGCACAGUGAUUGAAAUUAAGGAAAAAAGAGAGAUAAUACAACCAUUCAAGGAAGAAUUCAUGAAAAAGGGAAAGGAAUUAGGAGAUGAGGACAUUUCUAUAAAAAGUUCUACUCAUGAAAUUGAACUUAUGCAUAAUAAUCCUGCUGAAAUGAGAGAAGACACCUUAAAAUCACCCCUUAAUUACAUGAAAGGUGACCUAAAAGAAACUAUUACUCCUCAGAUUACAAAAGGGGAGCUUCCUGAGGAGAAAUCUGGAGAAAAGGUUUUAGAUGACAACUUUGAGAGUGAUCCUGUACAUAAAGCACUCUGGAAGAAAAUGAAAGAGAAAAAUACUGAACAGAAAUCUGUAAGUAUUAAAUCAUUGCUAGAAGAUGAACAACAAAAUGCAUCCAAAGGAAAUGUGGACAUAAACAGUAUUUCAGAAAAUGAACAAGAACAGGAAAUGUUUCCAGUAAAGAUGCAAGGAAAGGAAUCCUCCCAGCCAGCUCUGCUUAAAAUUCAAAAUCAAAUCAACAUUUCUUCUGUAGAUAAAAUUUAUUUACCAGAAAAAAAGGUGGAGGAGAAUCUGAUGUUGGAAGAAAAUUUACUGGGCCAACAGGAUAAAGAUAUGGAAACUGAAAUUAGCAAGCAGCUGGAUGAAAAGAUCAAGCAUUCUGAAAGAGAGAUUCGAGAUCAACUUUCCAAAGAUGAAAACAAAGAAAUGGAGAACACAAAAAAUAAGGACAAAGAUAUUCUUAAGGAUGGAGAAACAAAUGAUUUCAAAGAAAAUGUGGGCCAACAACCUCUUAUCAUGGAGACAACACAGUUGCAGAGAGAAAAGGCAGAAGCUGAAGAUGAUGACUUCCACAUAGCUGAGGACUUGUUAGAAGAUGAAAAUGCUAUAAGCGCUGCUGCCAGUGGCCAGAGCAGUAGCAUAAAUGUUGAUGUGCAAAUGAAAGAAAAAGCUAAUUCAGAAGUCCCAAAUCUGCUUUAUGCCACAGAAGACACCAAAGAAAAAACAAGUAUGAUUUUGGAAGCUGAAGGAGUAGAUAAAAGCUUGCAAGGGUCAGGUGAGACUAUGCCCAAAGGGGUAAUUGCAAAGAUUGAAGAAUCUAUUAAAAUCACUCUAGAGCAGCAAGAGAAAGAUCCCCUUGAGAAAGAUGAAAAACCCACGUCCUCUGCUGUUAGUGACUCUUUUGGCAAGGAUGAAAAUCAGGCUCAAAAUUUAUUUGAGGAGCUUGAUUAUUUUGAAAAAGAAGAUGGUCUGGAAAACAAAAAAGACUUCAGUUACACAGAAAGGUCUUGGCCAGAUGAUUUCUCCCAAGAAGAUCUUGAAUACUCACAAAAUUUCAUUGAUACAGAAAGCCAAACAAAUCAGCAAUCUGAUUCUAUGGAGCUUGAAGAUAACCUGGUCUAUAAAAAAGCUCUUAAAUUAGAAUAUAGUGAUACAGUAAAGCAACUGUCUAUCAUUAAGGGCUUUCUUGAUGAAGAACAAAUAGAAAGAUUAGAAAAGUACCUUGGGUCAGAGAAUGUCCUGCAGCUGGAAUCCACAUUCCAUGACAUGGAAAGUAAGCUAGCAUUUGCUCAAAAGGAGAGCCUGCCAUAUAAUAUGGAAAAAGCACUGGACGAUGUCUUUCACUCUUCAAUGUCAAAUAUCCUUGAGAUGGUGGAGAAAAUGUUAGAUUCUAAAGUGGCAGAAAACAAGGAGCUGGGCAUGAAAGAGAUGGACACAUUUGAUGAAGAGGUUACUCUGCUGAAUGAUAUUCAGGACCUGAUCUUUUUUGUCAGAUACAAACACCCUUUGGUAGAAGAGAGUGUACCCCUAGCAGCUGCUGCGCCUCCAGAAGACAGUUCUAAGGUCCCUCUUGCAGUAUUUCCUGUAGACCCAAAAACAGAACCCAAAAGAGACCAGGGAAGAAAGUUCUCAGUGAAUGAAGGAGAUACAUUUGCACCAGAGGAAAACAAGAGGCCACCAGAGAGCAUAGAAAUAAAAGUUCAUACAGUGGAAGUACCCAAGGAAGAUAUGGACAUCUCAGAAAAAGCUGAUCUUUUGGAUUCGGGAGAGAUCAAAGAUGUUGGUGACUCACAAGAUGGACUACUAGUCAAAAAGUCCUCACAAGAUCAAAGUAUUGGGGAAGAUCUGGCUAGAGGACUGAUUUCAGCAGAAGAUGUUUCUUUGGAUACAAAACAACCUCCUUUAGAAAUCAUUUCCACAGAAGAAACUCCUUUAGAUACAAAACAGCAACCUCUAGGAAUAGGUUCCAUAGAAGAUACUCCUUUGGAUACAGAACAACAACUAGAAACAAAUCCAGUGGUGCCACCAAUUCUUGCAGCUAUAAAGAGUGCAGGUCUUGUCGCAAAAGAAAACAUGAAACAAUAUACUGAGAUGUUAGUUGCUACGUUGCCUGAGGAUAUUCGACCUGGUCCUGAUUUUCAUGGAAUGCCCUGGGAGCCUAUAAUUAUUACAGCCUUAUUGGGGAUUGCUUCAUUUGCCAUUUUCUUCUGGAGAACUUUCCUUUCAGUAAAGAGCAGAGUUUAUCAAGUGACUGAAAAACAACUUGCUGAGAAGAUUAAAACUCUCUUACAAGAAAAAACAGAAAUUUUAGAAAAGAUGUCAGAAUAUGAUCAGAAGAUCAAAAAAGCAAAGGAAUCAGUAAAGGAAACCAAAAAACAAAACAUCAAUCUUUCUGAUGAAGCAGCUGACCUUAAGGAUAAAAUCAGAGGACUUGAAGAAACAAACCAAAAACUGGAUGACAAAGUGAAAAAUCUUCGUUCAUUGUUGGAAACUGAGAAGGAACAGAAUGUAAAAAAACAGGACAUGAUCUUGGAGACUCAGAAAUCAAUAGAAAAGCUACAAGAAGUUAUUACAAUGCAUUCUGUUGAACUUUCAGAGGUGCAGAUAGCUCUUAAUGAAGCUAAGCUCAGUGAAGAGAAAGUGAAGUCUGAACUACAUCAUGUACAAGAAGAAAAUGCUCGACUCAAGAAGAGAAAGGAGCAGCUGCUACAGGAAGCAGAAGGUUGGAGUGAGCGACACACUGAACUUAGUGAGCAAAUCAAAUUAUAUCAGAAGACUCAGAAAGACACAGAAGAAGCUCUUGCUUACAAAGAGAAUGAAAUUGAAGUUUUGACUAAUUGCAUUAUGCAACUGAAACAACUUGAUCUUGAUUCUGAAUCUGAAAUAAAAAAUAAUGAAGAAGGAAAUGGAUGGGAUGACUUAGCCAAUGGAGAACUGUCAGAUAAAAUCACCUCAGAUAACCGGAAUGAGAAGAUGAAGAGCCAGAUUAAACAGAUGAUGGAUGUGUCACGGGUUAAAACUACAUUAACAAUAGUUGAAGAAGAUAGAAAUCAUUUACAAUCCAAACUAAAUGAUGAAAUAAAAGCUCGUCAUGAAUUGGAAGAACAGAUUAAGAAAUUGGAACAUGACUCCUCUUCCCUGCAGUCAGCCAAAGCACAGUUAGAAAAUGAAUGUAAGAACCUGCAACAAAAAGUAGAGAUUCUCAAUGAACUCUAUCAGCAGAAAGAGAUGGCUCUGCAGAAGAAGCUCACUCAGGAAGAGUAUGAAAGGCAAGAAAAGGAGCAGAAGCUCACAGCUGCAGAUGAGAAAGUCAGCUUGGUUGCAGAAGAAGUGAAAACUUAUAAGCAAAGGAUUCAGGAGAUGGAAGAUGAAUUACAGAAAACAGAAAGGUCAUAUAAGAAUCAGAUUGCUAGUCAUGAGAAGAAGGCCCAUGACAACUGGCUCAUUGCUCGUGCUGCAGAAAGAGCUCUUGCAGAGGAGAAGAGGGAAGCGGCCAACUUGAGGCAAAAAUUAAUAGAAGUGAAUCAAAAAAUUGCUAUGCUCCAAAGGCCAAUGAUUGUAAAGCCAACUCCAGGAAGACCUGAUCAUCAGAUCCCCCCACGGAGAGGGCCCCUGAGCCGAGAUGGCUCUUUUGGUCCAUCUCCUGUGAGUGGUGGCGCACCCUCCCCCCCACUGAUGAUGGAACCACCCAUACGGUCUCUCUCUGCUACUCUUAACCGAAGAGAUGUUCCUAGAAGUGAAUUUGGACCUAUGGAUGGGCCUGGUUUGAGGAGGUCAUCUGAAGUAUCUGGAAGAACAUCUGCCUCUGAUUUAGGCCCUGGUCCAGUUCCUUUGAUGAACAGUGGCCCAAGAAGUUCUUCUCCCUCAACAGUCAUGGAUGGCAUGCAAACCUUUCCCCCAGAGGCUGAAGGCCCCUGUGCUCCUACUGUUCCACCAUCAGCUGAGGAGUCAAUUCCAGUUAAUGCCGGUCCCAAAGGCCACCCACCAUUUCCAGGAAUGCCCCUCAUGUCAUCAAUAGGACCUCCACCACCACCUCUUCGAUUUGGACCACCUCCUGUACUCCGAGGACCUUAUGGACCUCGACCUCUUCCUCCACCUCUUGGUGGUCCUCCACCUCCAAGCUUUCGGGAGUACUUACAUGGCCUUCCGCCAGGAAUAAGGGAUCUACCUCCUGACCCUCGAGAGUACGUACGUGGACACCCACCUUUUGGACCUCUAGGCCCUCCUGGCCCAAGAGAGUACCUUCCUCCUGGCCCACGAUUACCACCUCCAGCCCAUGGUCCAAGGGACUAUCCAUCUCCACCUUUUACAAGAGACUUGGCAUCUUCAGGUUCUAGAGACUACCCCUCAUCUCAUCCAUCUCAUGCUUCUCAAGGAAAUACACAGGACUAUGCACAGGCUCCAGAACAGAGCCCAUAACUUUAGCCUUCAUACUGAGAGAAUGGAUUGUUGGAACACUUCAUACAGGUAAAAGACUUCAGUGGCUUCAAAAUAAAUUUUAAUUUCAUGAUUAGGUUCAUAUGUAGGUUUGUUUACUGUUUUUUGCAGGACUUCCCCCCAUUAAGCUGCCCCUAGCAUCAUUGUGCAUUUAUGAGCCAAACUAUUAGCCUCUCCAUAAUUUGGGAUGCAAAAAUAUAUAUUUUUUGCCAUGAAUGAGGACUUUUUAAGCUGUAGCCUUUUGCAGCUCUUUAAAUGUGCAAUACAAAAAUAUACCUGUGUUUUAUUAGUUUUAUGUAGUUUAUGUAAUUGAUGAUUUCUAAUGUCAUAAAUGUAAUCAGAACAUUUCCUGUGGAAAUACUUUAUUAAAAAAAAGGUUAAGCGUUAUUCCCACUGCCUCCUUUUCCCUAUUAUUUUGUUAAACUGUGGUUAGUGUAGACCAUUCUGCAACUUACUUAUAUAUAACUAUUAGAAAGGGACUAUGUGGAUAAACUUGAUUAUUUUUAAAAGGAAGACCAGGAACAUAAACAACCUCCCUCCAAAAUUUACUAAUACAGUAAUAAAAACUACUGUCCCCCUUCCUGGACUCUUGGGCAGAUGAUUAUUGUAUAAACCGUCAUCCAAAGAAUUAUUUCCAAGUUAUUUUUUUGGUUGAAAUGUUGAGAUUAAAUUCUGGUGUUAAGAUUCAAUCCAAUAAUUUGUGGCCUUUUGAAAAAGUGAGGAUCUAGCAAUUAAAGAAUGAUUUAAUAUUGGUUACAAAGAUGGUGGAUACUUAUCCCCAUUUAAAACCAGUUCAUCUGUGCUAUAUUUAUGCAGUGAUUCCUAAUAUUAUCUACUUCAAACGUGCUAAUAACAACCAUCAUUGAAGAAUGAAUAUAAAAAUAAUUUUGGAUAUAACCAGUAAAAUUAUAAAGGAAAAUUCAACUAUCAAAAGUUUUAUUUAAGCUGAAAAAGGCUUUAUUAUUUCCUCCUCCUAUUAUAAUCAAUAUGUUGUGAAACUCCUUUCCUGAACAUCCCUGAAUAAUCAAAAAGAACAGAACCAUGUAUUUAUGGCAAUUUAAAUAUUACUUCCACAGUAAAGUCUGUUAUUAUAAAGGGCAUAGAAAUUGUGCUUACAUGGUAGAAACAUUCAGGUGGACAAGGCUUAUCAAUAUUCUUUGAAUUUAUUUGUAUUUUUAUAAAAUUGAAAAUAAAAGAUUUCUUGUGCAAA